GAGGUGUAGAUAGCAUGUCAAGCGGCAGAGUAUGAGGUGUUUUGGCUCCUGGGAGGGGACGUAGGUUGAUGGGUUGGGAGAUCCAUGAGGGUGUUGUACUGUCGGGGUUGCUGAGGAGAAGUAGUAAGGACGAUCAGCUAUAUGUCCCGCUUGUGUGCUAUGCCUUCUGGUCGUCUGGUCUUGUGGGUUAUGUUAGGGUGUUGAGGACAUGGUUCCGUGUAUGUGGUUUUGUUAGUAUCUAGUCGUAUAGACGUUUUGCU